UCGUUGACCGUAUGUUCAGAUAUCAGGGAGGUCUUGCUGUUCUCCGCGAUGAAGCCGGUCGAGACUGCGGCCAAUACCGCAGGUCCUGUCGGACCCUCUGGACAAGUUCUUCUUGGUCUUCUCGCACACGCUGGGCGGCUGGGAGGGGACGAGCCUCUCCAGCCUGGAGGAAGACACUUCUCUCCUCGUGGACCCCCAGGCUCGCCCCGACGACAUUCUCCUCUCAUCCAUGACGUCCUUCGAGAUCCACGCCAUCACGCUCACCAAUGUACCGGCAGCAGGCACUGAUAUUUUCCACUACUUCACCCCUACCCAAGCACCUGCAGCUAGGCAUGAUAGACGACGAGGCCACGCUCCGCACGUUAUUCUCAUGAUCCCGAUAGCGCUCUCAGCGCUCGUAUGGCUCGAUCUCGACGGCUUUACGUGGAAUAAACGCGACACUGAACAUUAGAAGCGGCGUGUGCGCCUCCACCCCUUAUGCCGUCGCUCAUCGAGGUCCCAAACUCCGGAAACAGCACGUCAAGGACUCGGACGUCAAGAUGCUCUGCCUUUCAGGUGCAAACAACGUGUUCAAGAGGAAUGGGAUCGAGCGCGACCUGCCACGCCUCAUGGCGCCUAUGCAAGAGUUUUCAUACGACGGAGACGAAGAUUUCGAGUAUGAGUCGCGUGCGGAGGACAGAGAGGAGGAUUUUGAGGGUGCGGCUGCUGAUGCUGACGAAAAUGGAUCAGCGGAGGAAGAGAACCAGGACUAGGACUUGGGUGGAGAGGAAGAGAUGGCGAUGAACAAGAUGGAGAUGGAGACGACCCAGGCUUGCGGCUAUCUGAGGGCAAAAAGUAACUGGAUAAAGUGGAGUAGGCAUAUCCUAGCGCAGCGAACCUCUUGAAUAUCCGCUCGUGCAGGUGUAUUGGUGUGUGACAAAAUUCAGUUGAGAGCAAAGACACCCCUCCAAGGCUUCUAUUUGCUAUGUCGAAUAGAUUAUAGUCGUAAAAUCAUCCACAUGGCAUUUCCUACUUGUUACUCUACUUGUUC